AUUAGUUAUAAUUACAAGAGCUGUAUGUAUCCACCUGAAGAUAGCAGACAACUCCUUCAACUCUCUCUCUCUCCCUUAAAGUCAAAUCAAAACAUCUGUCGUACGGACUCUCUCUCCUUCAACUCGUCAUUUCUCCCUCUGUUUCGGACCAAUAACGAUUUCCCAGCUGCGAAUUUUCAAAAGGGAACCGUCUGUCGGAUCUCACAAUUCCCGCCUAUUUUACCGGCUGACUCUGUGUCCUUUUUCUGACCGCCGGACUCUUUUUCUUUAUCUCUCUGCUUUCUCUUGUCUCUGCCUCUGUCUCUCUCUCUCUCUACGACGUAUCUCCGCCGCCGAUUUCACGGUCCUGCGCAUGCUGAGGUUUUUGAUUUCCGAUUUCCGGUUUUGGGUUUUUUUCUUGGACACGGAAGAUGAUCUGGGUCUUCUCUCUUCUUCGAAUUCUGAGAUACAGUGAUCGAUUUUCUUGACGAUUUUCUCGGCUCCCAAACAGGCCAUUUCGUGUCUCGGCGAGUUUUUGAUGCCAUCGACCGAGAAUAGGAGUGGACGAAGAUCAGGAUCUUUAUCUUCGCUUCCGAUUCUAAAACCCUAAGAUUUCAGACGCAGAAUCGAACAAUCUGUUUCUCUUUUAUUUUCCUUUUCCUCCGACGACAAUGCCCUUGAAGCAGGUCGCGCGGCAGAUGCCGGUGCUCAUCCGUACGACGGAAACAUCAUCGCACAACCGGAGACGGCCGCUCCACCAAUGGAGCCAGUCCUUGCCGACACCGAGGGCUUCGUCGUGCAGCGGAGCCACGGCGGCGGAGUUCUGCGGUGGAACGACGGCGAGUUGCGCCGCCGUGUGGUGCUGCUGUCCCUGCGGACUAGGGAAGCUCCUCCUCCUCGCCGUCUACAAAGUCCCCGCCGGUCUCUGUCGCCGAGCCCUCCGCCACCGCCGCCGGAAACGCCUCGUGAAGAGUGGGCUUCUUCCUCCGCCGCCGGAUAACCGCAGCCGCCGACGCAACCGGUUCGGGAGGUCGGAGUUCGCGGUCCAUCCGUUGGAGAGCAGGGACGUAUCCGACGAGGAGGAGGAAGAUUUGUUGGAGCUGAAGGUAUUCGGGAAGUCGACAAUGGCGGCGAUACUGGCGGCGGAGGAGGAGGAAGAUGCGGCGGUGAUGGCGUUGGAGAAGGAGAUGUGGGAAAGAUUUUACGGCGCCGGAUUCUGGCGAAGUCCGUCGCAACGGGAAACUGUGUCGCCGUCACCGACAAUGUCGAAAUCCGUCGCCGUGAGGCAAUGAUUGCGAAAUGUAAAGACAAAA